AUGUUUAUAAAUGAAGAUGAAGAUGAUGUUCAUGAUUUAGAAAUAGAGAAAUUCCCUCUAAAUAAUAAAUAAGAAAUAGAUGGUGUUUAUGUAGAUUUCACAGUAGAUGGAGCUUUAAAUAAAUUAAUAAAUUUAUAAAAAUCUCCAUUUAAUGAAAGGCUAACAUACUCUAGAUACAUACCUGAUUUAAUGUAAGUUUUAGGUGAUAAAAUAGAUCCAUUCUUAGAAAACAUAAUAAAUAAUUUAGUAAGAGAUAAUGAUGAUAUAAAAAGAUCUUUAAUUAUCUAAUUUCCAAAUAUUAUUAGUAUUCUCCAAUAAAGAUAAAACGGAUACAAUUAAAUAAUAAAUAUAUUCAUACCUGCCUUAUUUAUAUUAUUGUCCAAUAAUAAAUUAGAUAUAAAAGAAGCUUCAGGAAAAAUUAUAGGCUAGAUAGCUGAUAUAUUAACAGAAGAAGAUAGAGGAAAAUAUAUUCUUACAAAAGUACUUAGUAUGGCCCAUGACGAUGAAUAUGAGAACAAUAGAAUAGUCUCUAUAUAACUUUUAGCUUAAAUGGCGCAUUGCUUUGGAACAGAUCUAUGUUAGUAAUUUGUGUCUAUGGAAAUUUUAAGUUUAGGUGAAGAUCCAGAAUUGAAUGUCAGAAAAGAAAGUAUUUUAAAUUUACCAAUAAUAGGAAAAGUAGUAUCUUAGGAUUAUUUUAAAUAAAAAUUAUUACCAUUUUAUCUAAAAAAAAGUAUAGAUAAUAAUUCAGAAAUAAGAAGGGCAUGUGUGAAUAUUUUAGUAGAAAUUUCAAACAUUUGUCAUGAAAAAAUAAGAGAAAAUUAAUUAACAGAAAUCCUUUUAAAUUUCUUAAAAGACGCUUAAAAAACAGUCAAAGUUUAAGCCUAUAAAACUAUAGGCCCAUUUAUAAUUACAUUGUAAAAAUGCGUCAUAUCUGAGAGAUUAUUUGAAAAUUAUAAUAAAAUGAUUGAUAAUUAAAUAAAUGGAUUAACAAAUGAUAAUGAAAUAAUUAUCAAUUGUUCAUAAUAUUUUCCUGCUAUAAUUACUAUUUUUGGUGAAAAAAGAUGGACUUCUCUUUAAAAAACUUUAUAAUUUUUAUUAAAGAGCAAUAAUCCAAAAAUAAAAAAACCUAUAGCUUCUAGUAUUCACGUUAUUGCUAAUGUAAUAGGCUAACAAAAAGCUGAAAGAGACUUAUUAUAUGUAGUUGAAUUAAUAUUAAAAGAUACGAAUGAUGAAAUAAAAUAUGGUUUAAUAAAACAUUUGACAUAGUUUAUAUAAGUAUUUGAUGAAUAAAAAAGAGAAUAGUUUCUUGAAAUAUUUCUUGUGAUUUAAAAAGAUUAAAAAAAGUGGAGAAUAAGAGAAUUAAUAGCUUAACAACUCGACUAAUUAGCCUAAGCAUUCAAUUCAGAAACUAUUUUUAGGUAUAUAAUGCCCAUAUCAUUUAAAUUAUGUAAUGAUACAGUAUCUAUAGUAAGAGAAUAAGCAGCCCAUAGAAUCUAUUCAAUAGUAAAAAGUUUAAAAAGUGAUAAAGAAUUACAAGAUAUAUAUUUAUAGAGUAUAAUUGAUAAUAUUAAAGCAUUUUCUAUUUCAAAUAAAUUUAACUAAAGGCAAACCUUUAUCCUUAUGUGUAAUUAAUUUAUGAUGGAUGAAGAAUUUUUCUAAAACAACUUCAUUGAUAUUUUUGAAAAACUUGCAGAUGAUAAAGUUGUUAAUGUAAGAAUUUAGAUAGCGUAAACUAUUGCUUAACAUAUCAAAUUAAAAGGUAUUAUAUAUUCAUAUAAAUAUAUCUAAAAAUUAUAAAAUUAAGGACCGUUUUGGAAUAAUGAGAAUAUAAUUAAAAUAGGUUAAAAAUUAAAAAAUGAUUCUAAAAAAGAUGUAUAUUAAAAUUUUGAUAGUAUUGAUUUAGUUGUUUAAGCAAAAAUUGAAGAAAAAGAAUAAUAAUAAAAAUAAUAAAAAGAAUUAGAAGAAGAAAUAUAAUAGAAAUAAAAAGAAUUGUAAUAAGAAUAAUAAAAAGAUAAACAAGAAUAAUAAAAAAAUAAAAAAGAAUAAUAAGAAGAUAAAAUAGAAUAAAAAAAUGAUAAACUAGAAAAAUAAUAAUAAUAAUAAUAAUAAUAAUAAUAAUAAUAAUAAUAAUAAUAAUAAUAAUAAAAUAUUUUAUUAUAUAAUGUAGAUAAUAGUAUUUAGAUUUAAUAAAAUGAAGACCUUCUAAAAUAAAAUUAAAUUGAAGAAUAAUAAGAAAAAUUAAGUGAAAAAUAAAAUAGUUAAUAAGAAAUCUUAGAUAAAAAUGAAAUUAUUUGA